AUGUCUAAAUCUUCUAGCUCUUCUAUAAAUGGCCCCCCGGCCCCUGAUCCUAUCUCGAUACCAGAAAAAGGAGAUGAACUUGCCCAUGCAUCCUCCAAGGUUGAGGGUGAAACGUUUGACCUCUAUAGGACUACCACCCAUCGAGGUCUGAAGUCUCGCCAUGCGCAGAUGCUCGCACUGGGUGGAACUAUUGGCACUGGUCUCUUUGUUGGAUCCGGCCAGGCCUUACAACAAGGCGGUCCCGUUUUCCUAGUCAUAGCAUACUGUCUCUUGACCUUCCUUGUUCUCGGUAUUGUGACUGCCACCACCGAGAUAAGCUCAUACCUUCCGGUUCCCGGCUGCUCCGUUGCCUAUUAUGCUCAUCGCUUUGUAUCGCCCACCCCCCCUGUCAAUAUCGCCGUCUGGAUCACGAUAUUCAUCAUUUUAAUUAUCAUCUUGAACCUCCUUCCCGUUCAUGUAUAUGGAGAGGCCGAGUUUUGGUUCGCAUCAUUGAAAGUGCUUGGCAUAAUUGGCUUGUUGAUAAUGGCUCUUGUCUUGAUACUGGGAGGAGGCCCAACACAUGAUCGUUUGGGGUUCCGAUACUGGAAAGACCCAGGCCCGGUGAAAGAGUACGUUGCCGAGGGGGCCACUGGCCGUUUUGUGGCUUUUAUCUCUAUCACCACACUAUCAGUUUUUGCUUUCGGUUUCGCCCCCGAAUUAUUGGUUGUUACUGGCGGUGAAAUGCAACGACCACGACAGAAUCUACCGAAAGCUGGCAAACGAUACUUCUAUCGACUUGUCGGCUUUUACAUCCUCGGCUCUUUUGCUAUUAGUAUGAUCGUUUCAAGUGACAACAAUCAGCUACUGGGCGGUGGAUCGGGUGCGGGUGCUUCGCCGUGGGCUAUUGCUGUCAGAGAGGCCAGUAUCCCUGUUCUAGACUCCAUCAUCAACGCGAUAAUUCUCACGUCUGCCAUCUCAUCAGGCACUUCAUACCUAUAUAUGUCUUCCCGGGUACUAUACUCCUUGGCCAUUGCAGGAAAUGCACCUAAAGUCUUCGCCCGAUGCACGCGCAAAGGUGUCCCUUACUAUGCAUUAGCAACAAGUGCUAUGUUUUCUGUCCUGUCCUACUUGAACCUAUCCGCAACCGGGAUAGUCGUCUUCAAUUGGUUCGUCAACCUGAUUAACACGGGCGCAUAUUUGAGCUGGAUUUGUGCCUGUUUGAUAUAUCUGCGCUUUCGCAAAGUCACUGCUGCUCAAGGGAUUGAGCCCACUUCCCUGCCCUACCGGUCUAUCCUGCAGCCUUACAUGGCAUAUGUGUCGGGUGGAGUGUUUUCGUUUCUUCUAUUGCUUAAUGGGAUGGCCGUCUUCUUCCCUGGCCAUUGGAACACCUCAACUUUCAUCACAUGCUACAUCGGUGUUGUCAUUCUACUCGGGUUCUACUUCGUGCACCGCUUUACAUUGGGUCGCAAAGAUCCCUGGAUGAGGCCACUCCAAGAAGUCGACAUGGUUUCUGGGCUAGCUGAGAUCAUUGCAGACGAGGAAAUGGAGCUGCAAUUAGAGCCCAGAAAGCGCUUCCAAGUUUGGCGAUAUCUAUGGGAAUAG